AUGUUCCAGGCUCCUUCGGGAGGUAUCGAGGGAUCAAGUUGGUUCGAACAGAUGGCCUCAACUCUCAACCAACCUCCCAAGCCUGGCUUUCAGGAUCCUGGAGUGAAGAGUCCUUUCCAGCCGCAGCAGCCGAACAACCCGGUCGAAGAACCGAAUAUGGGCCAACCUCCUCAACCUGGUGUCCAACAACCUUCGCCAAACCAAGGCUUACCUCCAAGACAAUAUUCCCUGUUUGACCUUCUAUUCGGCCCAGCGUUCUCAGACCCCGAUUUCCCCCCUCAACCCCGAGGGUUUCAACCCCAAAACCAACCAACUGAUCCAAAGUCCCAGCCAGCUCAAGGGUUCGAAGUGAAACAGCCCGGAAUGGAAUCUCAAGGUUUUGGAUUUCAAAAUACUGGGUUCCAAACUCAGCAAGCUCAACAACCUCAUAAAGCUGACUUUCAACAACCUCCUAACCCUGAGUUUCAACAACCUCCUAACCCAGAGUUUCAGCAAACAAAUACAAACCAAGGUUUUCAACCGAAUCAAAACACCGGUUUCCAAGGACAGCCAGGCGUUGAGGGACGAAACCCUGCGUUUAACGACCCUAUGCAGUCUGAGAUGUCACUCUUUAACAACUUGUUAAGAAACUUCUUUAUGUGGUAA